AUGCUUUCCGUCCAUACAAAGCCAUCCCCGUAUGGUUCGACGCGUCGGACAUGCCUGACAGAACACUGCCGCCGUAACGCGCGACAAAAUCAUGCGAUGCACACACCGUAUAUUCGUAAAGUCGUUAAGUCUAUGUUUUGAGAGUAGGGU